AUGGCAUACUCAUUUUUCAUCCCUAGGACAUACAUCCUGGCCCUACUCGCGCUCGUAUACGGAGCGUGGGCCGCCGUCCUCCCAGCCCGCGAUACCGUCACUCUCCCCCCAGGUGUGACCUAUGACCCAAAUACAAACGUCUGGUGUACGCCGACGACAUGGAUAGACGUGGCGUCCUUUUUCCUGGGCAACUACAUAUCCCACGCUGCCACCGUCAUCUCGUUCCCUGGCGAACCCGUCAGUAUAACGAUUGUGAACAUGGUGCUAGCGAUUUUCUUGCCCAGCUCAGGUGCAGGCCGCGGACUGCUGGCUAUGGUGCGACAUGCGGCUUUUUAUAAGGAUCCGAUUCAGCAAGCUCUUCGCUCGAGAGCUUUGUGUAUGGUUGUUCGUUCGCAGGAUUGGAAACCGAUUUCGGGGGAGACGCUUCGGUCGUUGUCGUUCUUGUCCAAGGAGUUGCGAGAUGAUGACGAUGAUGAGUAUGAAGCUUAUAAAAUGAUGUCUAAAAAUAAGGAUAAGAUCAAACAAUAUGCCGAAGAGCUCAAAGCACACCGCGAUCCGAUCGAGCUAAGAGUGGAAAGUCCAUUAUGGCUACAGAUAGGUGCAUCUUCUACACGCCUCGAAAUUGUCGGCCACAAUUAUCAAGUUUUCGGAACAUACAAACUGCCGGAUGGAUACGAGCUGGCCUAUGUACCCGCAAAUGCUGUCAUCGAGCCAGUCUCUGUUUCGAGCGACAGCUCAGAUCAGAAUCAACUCCCAAAGUCGGAAUUUAAACUUUCAUCGGCUUACAGCUUUGCGUCCGCGUUGGUCUCGAUUGUCCAGAUCAUCUACGCGUUGACCGGGUUGUACCGAUCUCGAGGCGACCAGGUUCCCAAGUAUGGAUAUGCGGCGUUCUCGUUUACUGUCCUACCAUAUGUGAUCAUGUCCUUUGUCAAUCUGUUGGGCAAUUUGGUUACUCCUCGAUACUCAACUUUGUAUCUUGUUCACACUGAGAUGAUGGAUGAGGCCUCACAGCGUGGAGGUGAGUUCCAAGGAAUUAUUGGAAAUCUUGAAAGGACACACCUUCAAGUAGAAGAUACUUUUGUCUUCUCUGCCGCCCUGAAAGAGUCUUCAGAGGAACGGUGGGAAUUUCAACUCGGCGAGAAGAUCUACUUCGCUGGCGAAGUGGAGCCAAUGGCUACCGAGAAGAAUGAACUGGCGCCGACGCUGGAAGACGAGCAUGUGGAAGCUCAUUCCUCGACUUCUGCUAUGAAGACUACGCCUCCCGCUGACGAAGGGGGAUUGGAAGCCCCUGUACAAUCAUCCGAGUGCCACAAAACCAACGAAGAGCAGAACUUAAAGAAGACAAAAAAAGCCAAAAAGGAUAAAAAGGAUAAAAAACCUCUACUCAUCUGCCCCAACUGCUAUCGAUUCCAAACCAUAGAAGAACGCCGCGGCAAGUUCCUCAGCAUCGCCAACCCCAAGCAAUAUCAUGCCAUUGGCGAGUGGCUGAUUCGAGCUGUACGUGUCUGCAUUGUCGCCUUGCCCUUGGCUGUCAUCGGCGGCAUGACACAAUUCAAAACUGGAUCGAGCACUGUGGCUCAACGAGCGUGGACAAUGAGUUGGUUGGCUGUAGGGAUGGGCCUACCGCUCCAGCCUUUCCUGUCUCUGUUACUUGUGCAAAACUUCACGGGGCUUGUUGAUAGUGCGAGAAAAAUACAGAGGGGGAAGGCUAAUGCCCGGAUCAAGCACGGAUUUGGGAAUUAUAUAGCAGAGUUUUUUGCGUAUAUUUUGUGUCUGGGGUCAUUUGGCGCGCCAGCCAUUGGUGGGUUUAUCGUUGUUGCCCAGAUGUUGAGGGAGUCGGCUUCUUGUGAAGUUAUAUGA